AUGGGUACUAGCGAUCCUCUAGCCACUGGUGACAAACACAUGGCUCGCGUUGCUGUGAAACCUGCCCCAUUUUGCCGUAGUAACCCUAACCUUUGUUUUUUUUUUCAAUUAGAUGCACAAUUCAAGCUCGGGUGUAUAACACGUGAUGACACGAAAUUUUAUACUGCGAUUUCCGCCCUCCACACUGAGAGGGAGGUACAAGGUACUGAGGUUCUUCAGUCAGUACGCGAGAUUGUUCUGAAACCUCCCACGGAUAAUAAAUACGAGGAAUUGAAAAAUAAAUUAAUUUCAGUUUAUGAGGAGUCUGAAAACACCAAACUAAAGCAGUUACUACAAGAUUUGCAACUUUGUGAUAUGCGCCCAUCCCAGUUAUUGUCAAAAAUGCAGGAGCUUUCGGGUGACAAUUUUAAGUCCAAUGUUUUACAAUCAUUGUGGCUCAAUCGUCUCCCGAACAAUAUCCAAGCUAUUCUUGCCUCCAGUAACGAGAACCUACCCCAACUGGCCCAAAUGGCAGACAAAAUUCAUGAUGUUCUCCAACCACAAGCAAUCAGUCAAGUUCAGCAUCCCAGUGUUGAUAUUUCAUCUCUUCAACAACAAAUCCAGGAAUUAUCAUUGCAGGUCGCAGCCUUACAGACACGAUCUCAGUAUCAUCCGCGCGGUAGAUCAAAGUCCCGGAACCGAAAUAAUAGGGAAUACCAACGCGCUCAUUCUGGUACUCAAUCAGACAUUUGUUUCUAUCACAGCCGAUUCGGUGAUAAAGCGCGCAAGUGUACACCUCCAUGCAAAUUUCAGAAGACCUCUUUAAACUGA